AUGGCAGGAAUCACGAUGUACAAACCACCUUGCGCGCAGGCAUGUAGGGACUCAGUAUCCCCAUAUUCGCUCAACUGCAACGAUACAAAUCCCAGCCAUAUGGAGAAGAGGCAUCAUCCUGCAAAAGAGACUCCCGAAUGCUACGCCAACAACGAUCGAUUCCUCCAGUCUGUUGCGUACUGCAUCUCCCAGCAUUGUCAGGAUGUGGAGAUAUGGAAAAUUGAGCGGUGGUGGACGACAAAGAUGCCAGGUACCAAGCCAGGACAGCCCGAGCCCAAGGAGUCUUAUCAACAAACCCUGGCCCGAGUGAUGACGCCACCCAAUGUGACAAUACCUACCGACCAGGUGCUGAUGGAUGAGAACACACUGGUUGACGAGGAGACGUGGCUGGCUCAUUAUAAUAGUGAUCUUAUUUUUGAGAAGAAUGAAGCCACACACGUUCGCUAUGGUCUGGUUCUACUCACGACCGGCGCUGCGCUUCCAAUUGCCCUCUCGCUGUUGCGGUUCGUUCCAUUUCCCAGACCAUUCGUCAGCCGCUUCAAGGCUCGGUUCAUCGAUCCGCCCGCGUUUGGCGGAAAUCACAACACUCCCUGGCUCAAGACCUUCAUCGUACCUACUCGUGGCCAGGCCUUAUUCAUUGCGUAUCUCUGGAUAAUCAAUGUCAUUCUCUGCUCCGUUGGUUACGAGAGCAGACGACCAAACUCUGGAUACGAGACGAGGGGGUUGGAGAUUGCGACCUACAUCUCUUAUCGCACUGGAGUGCUUAGCUUUUCCAACUUCGUCCUUUUUGUACUCUACGCGGGACGUAACAAUGUCUUGAUCUGGGUCACCAGUUGGUCUCACGGGACCUUUGUGCUUCUACAUCGAUGGCUAGCUGUCAUUUGCACCGUGGAAGCAUGCGUACAUUCCGCCCUCCUAUUGCAUAUCUACUCUACUAAUCCGAUCACAUUCGACUACGCGAAAGAAACCACGAGUUCAUAUUGGUACUGGGGCGUCGUCGCCACGAUUGGUAUGUGCGUAAUACUCGCAACAUCCAUCUUGCCCAUUCGACAGAAAAUCUACGAAAUCUUCGUAACAUGGCAUAUCAUCGCCGCUUUCAUCGUUCUGAUGGCCGCCUACUGGCAUGUGGUCGAGGCCUUUGGUCACCAAUGGGGCUACGAGACCUGGAUCAUCAUUGCAUUUGGUUGUUGGGGUUUCGAUCGUCUGAUGCGGAUUGUUCGCAUUGCGAAAAAUGGUGUUCGGACAGCAACAAUCACCGUCAUUGAUGAGGAUUAUAUCCGCCUUGACAUUCUUGGCGUGACAGCAUCGGGAUCCGCUUACUUGUACUUUCCGACCUUGACCUGGCGUGUCUGGAAGAACCACCCCUUCUCGGUUGCCAUCUCGAUCGCGCACACUGCCCAUAAUGCCUCGCGUCGCCUCUCGGAGAUGAGCUUGCCGUCUGCUGUGGUACAGGCCUCGGAGAAGUUAAAAGCACCCGAAAUCCAGUCUUCCAGCACAGAUCGCGGCACCUCUCCCAUCGACUCCGCGAGACUGAAUCGUUCGCAGCAGCCACCUCUCCAGGUGGGACUCAGCUUCUUCAUCCGCACCCACAAAGGCACCACCCCCAUGCUCCGCACCCGGAAGACCUUGCCUGUCCUCAUCGAGAGCUCUUACGGCCAUAACGUCUUUGGCGACUACGGCGGCGGCAAUCUCGCAGCCUACCCCAAUCUCAUCUGCAUCGUCGGUGGAAUCGGCAUCACCGCCAUCCUCCCCUUUCUGGCCGGUCAUAUCGGACGUACCAAGCUCUACUGGGGAGUGAGUAAAGCGCCACUCGUGGAGGCUUUGCACGACACGCUCGCGGAGCCGGCGUUUGCGGGCGUCGAAGUCGAAGUGACGACGGGUCAACGUAUGAAUUUGCAGGCGAUUUUGCACAAGGAAAUCCGAGCGGAUGCGGGCGCGGGGACGAUGAUUGUGGUGAGUGGACCGAGUGGGAUGGCGGAUCGAGUGAGACUUUUGACGAGUAAAUAUGCGGCGGAAGAAAGGGGGGCGGUGAUUGCGUUUGUGCAGGAGAGUUAUAGUUUGUAG